CGGAGACCUGAUGCUGGAGCUUGGUUCCAAUGGCCAUCAUAUGACGAACUACAUGUACCUAUUAAGAAUUGUUGUAUACCUCCCGAUCUGUGGUUUGAGGUAUUUUAUAAUAAAGAUCCAGAUCGGGAGAAUGCAUUAGAAAAAAUUGAUAUGGUUCAACGUGACCUAGAUGGCAUUUUUAACAUUGAAUUCGUCGCAAUUACCUUACCUGAUGGAAGAUAUCCUUUUCGUGGGAACCCUAACCCUGGGGCAAUUUCAAUUCUUGCAAAUCAAACUGGCCAAAACACGAGACUUUACCUCGCACCAUACUUAAUUCACUGGAAUGCAAACAACAUUCCUGUAUACUACAUUAUAAGCUGGAAUCAUUAUAUUGUAUUUAGAUGUGGUGUUAUUCUUCAUUUUAACAUUAUUCUUGAUAUAAUUUCCAGACCU